AUGUGGGUUGAGUGUAUACUCCCAAUCUGUGAAGGUGUUUUGCCAAGCAAUCGUGUCCGGUACGUUGUCUUAACUCAGCAACGGCUUCGAUUCUUGGCCAGUCGGGUGUCAGAAAAAGCCACUGUCCACUGUUUCUCCUUUGUUCGAGCUUUAAUUUCGUUGCACCUUGAGGUCUGGAACUCUCUCCUGAUUAAGGCCUUCAUUGUGUGGAAAGAUAUCGGCCGGUCAAUGCAUUGCAAAAUCGUUGUCCCCUUCUUAGCAAGUGUGUCAACUACAUCAAUGUCUGCUAAUGGGGAACUUAUUGUGGUGCUUCCUGUAACUAGGAGCAUUGCAUCAAUGGGUGUUGAUUUUAUCCCUUCAGUAAUUAGUCGUAAUGCUUGGUGUUGUGCCCUCUAUAGUGGUUUGAGAGUCACCUCUGUGGCUGUAAUGAGUGGCUCACAGCAAUACAACAUUAUUGGCUGA